UUACGAAGCUGUCAAAACGCCACGAAUCUCACCUCUUUAAAGCUCAAGAUUGAAAGUUAAAGGCACGUGGAAAGGGAAUAAAGUGCGUAAAACAAAUGCAUGAAGUCCAGCACCCGCAGAUUCGCCCUAUGGAUGAAGUACGAAACCGGAAACAGAUCGCAAAUUUGCAGGAAGUGGCGUGAUUAUAGUUGCAGCAUGCUUUAAGUGUAGUAGGAGGUGACCUUACUGAAGUAUUGCUGAAUUUUGCUAUUUGGUUUCAUUUCUGGAAGGCUCAUUUUAACAGUUUGGUAAUGAUUUCAAGCUUGGUUAGUUCGACGUGUUGAUUUUGAUUGAGGGUUUUAUAGAGUCGCUGCUUGAAGAGGAAACUGUAGAAUAUAACUAUAAUGGCAGAAGCUCAGCAGGCUCGAGUGCAGAAUGCAGUGGAGGAGAUGGUGCAGAAUCUGGAGAAAGAGCACAUCCGAAAGAUGCAGGGCCGCAUGUUCCGCUGCAGUGCCGAGUGUUGUGAGCAUCCGGAAACAAUGAAUCAGGUGCAUCAGUGUAUCGAGCGCUGCCACACACCUCUGGCUAAAGCCCAAGGUCUGGUCACCAGUGAACUCGAGCAGUUUCAGGACCGUCUGUCGAGGUGUACAAUGCACUGCAGUGACAAGGCGAAGGAUCUGUUUGACUCAGGGGCGAAGGAACCUGCAGUUCGGGCGCUGAUGGACAGCUGUGUGGGCAGUUGUGUGGAUGAACAUCUAAAUCUCUUGCCCAGUAUGACACGCAGACUGAAGGACAGCCUGAACUCUAUACCUCAGUGAAGGAAACCCUUCUUGUGGACUCGUGAGUUUGCUAGUUGGAAUAGUUUGCCGUUGCGGCAUUUUGAUGAAUGGCGUGCGCUGAUUUCUGUGUCCGUAUUGUUUGUGGCUUUUGUACAAACAAUAAAUAAUGUGAUGAAACCA